AUGUUCCGUUGCAUCGCGGCUCCCAAGGAGCCUGAGUACAGCACCGACUUGGCCGCCUUCGGCUACCACAAGAACGAGAAGGGCGAGUUCGUCGACAACACCACCGGCGAGUACUUCGACUUCUUCCACACCGACAACGACCGCGUCAACGACUUGCGCCGCGGCGCCUACCAAGAAUGCCUCCGCAAGGAGAUCGCCGCCGAGCUGAAGGAGAAGCACGGCAUCACCGAGCUGUUCGUGACCGGCGCCGACGGCACAGAGAUCUCCUCGUCGCGCCCAUCUGGCCAGAACGUGAGCUUGCUCACCACGAAGGUAAGUGAACUCGCGCAAAAGCGCGAUAUUAUCAUCGUCAUCGGCGAGAGCAGCCAGGAUUGCGGCGUGUGGGCUUGGCGUACCGUUCAGAGAGAGGGAGGCAUCGAUGGAGGAAGUGUCACUGGGCUGGCGAGUAAGGUGGCAGCACGGGUAGUACAGCCCACCGAGGAUGGCAUGGCACGUCUCGAUCAAUGCGAGCAGACCCGGACCGACGAACAAAAACUCCAGGCACCCGGCAUCAUUAUCCUCAAUCCCGGACAGCUGCUCUACUCCCACGGCCUCGGCAGAAACCUCACGGUCGCCUCGUGGCAGAGCCGUCCACGUCCAACAGCCACCAGUGAGCCGAACAAGGUCGAGCCGAAGCACAAUUCGAUUCCUGGGCACGAGACUCCGCACAGGCACGUCCAAACCGCGUUCCAGAGCAUCUUGCCACAGAUCAUUGCUGAGGACGCCCGACUCCAUAUCAUUGCCAUCGGUGACGGCACUACCGCUACACUCGACACGAUUGACCAGAUCAUGCUCGCACGUGACCAUAUCUCGAUUGGUGGUGGCAUUCUCGGAACGGUCGCUCUGAUUGAUGCGAAGCAUGAGCAUGAAAAGAUCGCGUCGCUGCCGCUCAAGACACAUCUCGCAUCGGUCGGCAAAGGUUGGGUCCAGAGCGAAGAAGCAAAGGGUACGGUCGUGCAAAUGCCAGAUCGAGCAUCUCUUGGUAUGCCAGCUUUGGAGUACGCGCCCGGCGCUCAAGCCGACAUUGAAGAGCCCAACGGAGCCGCUAUCAACGGACAUACUACUCCAGAUUCGCCAAGAGUCAAUGGCCACGACAUCACAAACGGCGAUCAUGCAGACCUCGUACAGCCGCUUUCUGCUCUGGCCGUCGUCGACGAACUCCUCAGUGUUCCAGGCCCUCCACCGAACACUCCAGCCGAUUCUGGAACCACUUCUCCAGCAACUGUCGCUUCCAACCCUGGCUCUCCAGCAAAGAGCAACAAAGACGAGACCACGAUCGAAGACCAAGACGACGAUUAUCCCGCUCCUGAAGAAAUUCCAGUCUCUUGCCCAACUUAUAGCGCAGGUGUCUGCGACGGCGUCACCGAAACGGUCUUCCCAGUUGUCAUCGACGAUGUGCUCGAGCACUUGUGGUUCCACAUUCAGAAGGGACAGGAGAGCGAUGCAAAGGAGUCUGCACGCUCGGAGAUGAGAGGACAGGCUUGGCCAAGGGAUGCUGGCGAUGACUAAGAUCAGAGAGACGACAGGAAUGACAUUAGGGCGC